CUGACAAUUUUCAAACUGGACGGCGGGUAGUUGAAGCCGACAGAGAAAAAAAAAUACAAGGGUUCUUUGUUUAAAAUAUACCUAGAAGUGUUAAAAAUGACCAGCACGUUGAAAGGAAUCACUCUGAAGGGAAGUGCGGAGCUUGUGGCCGACUUUUUCUCGUUUGGCAUCAACAGCAUCCUGUACCAGCGGGGAAUCUAUCCUCCAGAAACCUUCGGCAGAGUCACCCACUACGACAUGAGCCUCCAGGUCACCACCGAUGCCAAGCUGAAGACCUACCUGACCAACGUGGUGUCUCAACUCAAAGAGUGGCUGUUUGAGUGCACGGUGCAGAAGCUGGUGUUGGUGAUCACAUGUCUGGAGACCAACGAGGUGCUGGAGAGAUGGCAGUUUGACAUCGAGUGUGACAAGUCGGCAAAGGAGAGCAGCGCUCCCAGAGAGAAGUCCAUUAAGACCAUCCAGGACGAGAUCCGCUCCGUCAUCAGACAGAUUACAGCUACGGUGACCUUCCUGCCGCUGCUGGAGACACCAUGUGCCUUUGACCUCCUCGUCUACACAGACAAAGACCUGGUAGUUCCAGAAAAGUGGGAGGAGUCUGGGCCGCAGAUCAUCGACCAAUCAGAGGAGGUGCGUCUGCGCUCCUUCACCACCUCCAUCCACAAGGUGAACAGCAUGGUGGCAUACAAGAGGACCGACUCGGUUUAAACCUUCAAACCAUAAGAGCUGUACAUAGCACCAACCACCACCUCUAGUAGAAACCAGUAGACUUUACACUGCCGUCCUGAUCUCCCCCUCUCUGUCCACGCUGAUGUAAAUAUUUCUCAUUUCCAGCAUUUAUCUAUUAUUUUCUCUAUUGCUCCACUGUCUCUCAAGUUAGAAGACAGUGGUUUAUACGUUGAACUUUUUUAAAAGAAAAAGUCGUAAAUAAAUAUCUUUUGCUUUUUUUCCCCAUUCAGUUUGUGGUUGUGGUUUUAUUGCUUCUUGACCAGCAGGUGGCAGCGCAGCAUAGAGCUCACCGUGACCUUAUAGCACAGAACAACACACAGAAGACAGAGAAAAUAAGCAUUAUUCUUUAAUGGGACACAGCAUUCACUCUGCUCACAGUGUUCAGUGGUGUCGACAGUUGCAGAUGUGGAACACCUCCUUCAUUAUCGUACCGUAUUAUCAGCAUAUUAUGUCACCACCUUAUCUAAAAAAAAAACAGAA